CCUCAGAAAAUAAAAUUUCUGUAUCCACCACUGUGUCGAUAGCAACGUUAAUAGGUUCCCUGCUUCAUUGCCAUGGUAAAAGAGAGCAGUCUCACGCUACAGAACAAGUGAACUUAUUCAUGAAUUGUCAUUAAUGAUUGAUCAUUGAUUAAUUGUAUACAUUUGUUGUAACUUGUAAUUGUUAUUGUUGUCACUAUCACUUAUUUAUUAAUUCACACAACAAGUUUACGUUGUUACUUGUUAUCUUAAUGUUGACUCAGUUUCAAUGGCUCCAUUCUGAACUCAGCAACGUUUGCAAGUCCCUGUUGAGGGCGAAGCAGUUACAUGUUUGGCUUUUGAAGACCCAUCUCUCACAAGACCCUUUUUAUGCAACUCAAAUCAUUAGACUCUAUGCAAUUAACAAUGACAUUAGUUCUGCACAUCACGUGUUUGACAAAACUCCCACUCGAAGUGUCUACCUUUGGAAUUCCAUGAUUCGAGCUUUUGCCAAGACUCGAAGAUUUGGCAAUGCAAUCUCUUUGUUUAGAACCAUGCUUGAGAGUGAUAUAAGGCCUGAUAAUUACACUUAUGCUUGUGUUAUACGUGCAUGUGCUGAUAACUUUGAUUUUGGUAUGCUUAGACUUGUUCAUGGAAGUGCUGUGUCUGCAGGGUUGGGACUUGAUCCUAUUUGUUGCAGUGCACUUGUGAGUGCUUAUUCAAAACUCGGCCUUGUUCACGAAGCGUGUAGAGUGUUCGAUGGAAUUGCUGAACCAGAUUCAGUUUUGUGGAACUCGUUGAUUUCUGCUUAUGUGUGUUCUGGUAUGUGGGAUAUAGGGAUUCAAAUGUUUAGCUCAAUGAGACUUUCUGGGAAAAAGCCUGAUGGGUUUACAUUGGCUGGGUUGCUUGUGGGUAUUGCAGAUUCUAGCUUGCUGAGUAUUGGCCAAGGGUUACAUGGUUUGAGUCAAAAGAGUGGACUUGAUUUUGAUUCUCAUGUAGGUAGUUUACUAGUGAGUAUGUACUCAAGAUGUAAGUGCAUGGAUUCAGCUUAUAGAGUCUUUUGCAGUAUUUUCAAUCCAGAUUUAGUUACAUGGUCUGCUCUAAUAGCUGGGUAUUCUCAGUGUGGGGAGUAUCACAAAGCGUUGAUAAUUUUCUGGAAAUUAAACAUGGAGGGCAAGAAACCAGAUUCUGUUUUGAUUGCCAGUGUGUUGGCUUCUAUAGCUCAGACAGCAAAUGUAGGACCAGGAUGUGAGAUACAUGGUUAUGUUCUUCGGCAUGGAUUGGAGUCAGAUGUCAAGGUCUCUUCUGCUCUCAUAGACAUGUAUUCAAAGUGUGGUUUCCUGCACUUGGCAACUUGUGUGUUCAGGAUAAUGCCGGAGCGGAAUAUAAUUUCUUAUAAUUCAGUAAUUUUGGCUCUUGGCUUGCACGGAUGCGCUUCCAAGGCUUUUGUAAUUUUUGAUGAGAUACUUGAGGAAGGCUUGGUACCUGAUGAAGCAACAUUCUCUGCUCUCCUUGGUGCUUGUUGUCACGCUGGGCUGGUCAAAGAUGGCCGGGAGAUUUUCCAGAGAAUGAAAGAUGAAUUCAACAUCAAAGCUAGACCGGAGCACUAUGUUUACAUGGUGAAGCUUCUUGGCACUGCUGGGGAAUUAGAAGAGGCUUACAAUCUCACUCAGUCCUUACCAGAACCAGUAGACAAGGCCAUCUUGGGAGCCUUAUUAUCAUGCUGUGAUUCUUAUGGGAAUUCUGAGUUGGCAGAAACUAUAGCUCAUCAGAUUUUUAAAACUAAUCCUACUGACAAUGUUUAUAGGGUUAUGCUUUCGAAUAUAUAUGCUGGCGACGGGAGAUGGGAUGAUGUGAAGAAAUUGAGGGAUAAACUGACAGGGGGUCUGAAGAAAAUGCCUGGAGUGAGCCGCAUUGAAGGCAGUUAUUACUAGUCGUGAAAAUUUAGAUGCGUGCUGCAAAAUUGGUAGACCAUAACUGCUGCCAGAUAUAAAGAGGCAUCUCAGAAAGGUACUAUAAUGUGAAAAUAGUUAUAAAUAUUUAUUCUUCCUGUUCAUUCUUUGAUACACAAUUACAAUUAGUCUGAAAAAUUGUUUUGUAACAUAGAACAGUGAACUGUAAUCUGUAAAAUUACAUAAAUGAGGAUAAUGUGACCUUAAAUCUAUGUCUGAUACACAUUCAGAGUAAUAGCUUGGGUUUAUUUGUUAGACCAAAUUGAUUGAAAUAUGUAUAGUGAAGGAGCUCACAACAGAGUAAAAUGUGACCUAAAAUAUAUUAGCCAAUCCGUUAAAAUAAAGGUUAGUGUAAACUCAUGUGUAAGUUGUAUUUGUUAAACAGUGUAAUUAAACACAAGAUGAAUAUGCUUUGGCAUAAACACACUUUAAUGUAUUUGUACUGCAGGAUGAUUUGUGACUGUAUAUUUCUUUUCUUUUACAAAUUAUACCUCUUAGUGUAUUGGCAUAAAAUAAAACUAUCUGAAAAUAAAUUCAACUACAUUUCUGCUUUCAGUGGCAAAACUCAGGUUGUACCCAAGUAUUUUCUCAUUGCAUUUAGAAGUACUCUCUUUUUCACAGAACUUGAACACUGCCUCAUUUUGGUGCAACCUUAAAGUGUAUUUUGGGACACCGAAACCAUUAAAGUUGAAAUGGAGUGGGUUUUGUCCUUGUACCAGGUUCUUGCUGAUGAUGCCUGGCUUCAUUCAUAUUUUGAAAAUAUAUAAAAUUUAUGCUUCAUAAAUAUUCUGGAAGUGUACACUCUUCAGUUUAAAAGUUGAUGUUCCAAAAUCCAAAUAGAACAUUGGACUUGCAUGAAAUUUGUAAUUAAUAUAAUCACUGUUUUUAAAUAUAUAAGUUUAAAAGGGAGCGAUGCUUUAAUUUAAAUAAUAUUGUACAUGCUUCUGGACCUUAACUUACUAUUUCCAAUAACUAUUCUGAAAACUUGAGUUGUUUUAUUUCCUUCUCUGAUUGACUCAUGAAUUAUGCAAUCAUGUCCCAAAAAUUGAUUAGCUGUUCAUUCCUGAAAUUGCAUUUUCUCACAAGAUAUAGUGUUUAUGUUCUAAAUCUUGGAAGUGUCCCUCAGAUCAUAAUGAUAAUCUGUGAUUUCCCUGAAGAUGCUGUCUAUUUUAAUUGACAUCUCUGACAAUGUAUUUGUUUAGUAUAUUGGCUGUUAUGAGUAACCUUCUCUUUCUCGUGUACCAUUUUGAUCACAAAGGUGAUUAUAAGGAAAGAUAUCUGAAAUUCAGCCAAGUUUUUUUUAUAUGUUUAAUGCUUAUUCUGAAAUUCUGCUGGACGCUGGCCUCAUAUUACAUGUUGCUGAAUGGCCUAUGAGAGAAAGUUACAUUGUAUCCACAAGCUACAGAAAUUCUAUUGACCAGGUUAAAUGUUAGCUGGUAUAGGUCUGAGAUUUUAUCAGCUCAGAAAUAGAUGCUCACACUGUUGUCUAUUGAUAAGAUGCUUCAGUACAUGCACAUGAACAAAAGACGAAGGAGAUAAGAAGAAAAGAAAGCCAAUAGAAGUGACACAAAACAUCGGUGGCUUAGCGCAGUUGGAUUAGAUAGAUGGAAAAAGGCAGUUAAACUUUAGCUUGUUAGUCGGUUGAAACAGGCAGAAGAGGGGGUUUUGAUGUCUGUAACUGUAACAUAUACCACCAAACAUGGCUCGUCAAUCUUAACACUUUUCUUCUAAGAUUUUGUUCA